AGUCAAUGAAGUCGUCAACUUACUAUUAAUGCAGAUAAUUAAAUUAUAAUUCAAUUUACUAUAUCCAAUUGAUAGUUUAAGCUCCUUUUACUAUAAAUUUUAUAAUAGCGGUACCUUUUUUUAUUUUCAUAAAAAGGAAAUCAAUGGAACUAUGAAAGUUCAUUGUAACAAAAAUUCUAGUCAUACAGUAUUAUAGCUAGUCCAAAAAAUGGGUCAAAUAUUUUCCAACUUAUGGAAUUGGAUUUGCCCAAAAUCAAGAAAUGAAACAACAAAAAAAGAUGUUCAGUCCAAUAAUCACCAAACAUAUUAUGUUGAUGAUGUUGAUCAGAAUAAUCAGCUAGAAAGUCACUACUACAUCAACAUAUCCGAUCAUUUUCAGCCGGUUUCCGAUUGGAAUAACAACUUAGAUUCAUCACCAGCACCCCAUGUUGUGCUCGAUUUGAUCAGUGAAAGUAACGAAGAACCGGUCAUAGACUAUGGUGAUGAUCGAGUUAUAGCGGAAGUAGUGUUAGAAAAAAAUGUUACAACCGCGGUAAAUUAUGUGUCAUCUAAUGAUUCAAGUGUUGGUAAAAUAGGGCCGUACACUAGUGAUCAGAGGGUGUUACUUGUUGGUGAAGGCGACUUCUCUUUCUCAGCGAGUUUGGCUGUUGCUUUUGGUACAUCGGCUUGUAACAUUAUUGCAACUUCGCUCAACCUUGGAGACUUUUUAAUCAAAAACUACCGCAAGUUCCCCAACAAUAAGGCGGAGUUGGAGACUAGAGGCAGUGUUGUCCUUCAUGGUGUCGACGCCACGAAAAUGGUUAAUCAUCCCUUCGUUGGUAGCAUGACGUUUGAUCGUGUGAUUUUCAAUUUUCCUCACGCUGGGAAAUUUGGUAAAGGUGAUUUAGAACUACGUAUGCAUCAAAAGCUGAUAAGUGGUUUCCUACAAAACGCGAAGAAGAUGAUCGGAGAAGAUGGAGAAAUACACAUCACUUCGAAAUGUAGUGGAUUUUUUCGUCGAUUGGAUAUACCAAAAUUAGGAUGUGAUCAAGGGCUAUAUCUAAUUCAAGCAGUCAAUUUUAAACGUCUCGAAUAUCCUGGUUAUCAGACCAAGUAUGGGUUUGGAGGAGAUAGGUACUUCCAUUGCAACCCUAGUAAAACCUACAAAUUUGGAUUAUCCUCUAAUUAAAAGUUUAAAAUACUUAUUGAUGUUGUUUGUUUAAUUUAGUGCUAGUCUAACAUUGAUCUUAAUUGAACUUCUGUAUCUCAAAUUAUAUGGUUUAGAUUAAAAGCUUAUAGUGGCAUGGCUACAAAGUUUUAGCUAGCCACUGUAACUAUA